AAGCUUAACAAUGGCUACGUUAGCAGCGUUAGCAGGAGCUUCUAACGUUAUAGCCAUUUUUGUUGUUUUAAUUUCUUUUUUUACGAUGAUGACUUUUCUUCUACGGUAAAAACUAUUCAGUCGUUGCUUAAUCAGAGUUUCAGGAACUUAAAUGGUCCUUUUACUUCGGUGACUGUGGUGCAUGAACCGCCAACACAAAUGUUGCAGCCGAUGAUUCUUGUACAAAAUCCAUUCACGUUGAAGAUUAUUAAUGUCAUGGACAGCUCCCUUUCUGGUAUAGAUUGUUCUAUCACAUGUCAAACACCCUGUUUAAUGCAAGUAUUUUGGGGUGUUAGCAUGGAAGAACUUGAUAAAAUGCUUUGUACGUCAUGGCUACAGUUGAAGGAAGCACUUUUGGGAAACAAUCUUCAAGAAUUCAGAUGUUUGGGUAAAAACCAAAUGAUAGAAUUAGACAUCUGUGAGAAUGAGGUGCUUAAAAUUGUCCCAACCCGGGCCAUUAUGGCGGCCGAUUUAGGAACCUUACCUCGAACACGGUUUCCUUUAGUAGUACUGAUGAUGAGGAAAGAUCUGCUGCUCGAAGAAGAGGAUCAACAGAACAGUGUGGUAGCUAUGGUAACCAUUGUACACAUCAAAGAUCCGGUGUGUACCCUAAAUACCAGUGUUAUAGCACAGUAUUUGAAGCAGGCUAAUGAGCAGACAUGUUGUUUGAAGCCUCUGUACAUGCCUACGGAUUCUAGUUCAGAUCAGCAACAGUAUGCAAACAGUGUUAGUGGCAGUACCCAAACACCAGCAGAAUGUGUUGUAUGCCAGAUCAAUCCCAUUUCUAGAGUUUUGCUUCCUUGUAGACACACGUGCGUAUGCAUGACGUGCUUUCCAAGACUGACUAACUGUCCUAUGUGUCGAGGAGUCAUUCAAUCUUAUUUUUGUAUUCGAGAUGAAGAGCCACAGAUUUACCCAGAAAAUCACCACGAACCUUCAUGGUCAGAGCUCAGUUGGCAUGACAGGUGGUCAAGAUUUAAUGACCGUUUGAAUCAAUGGUUAGGAUUUACUUGAAAUCGGCAUAUUCUUUUCGAGUGUCUGUUUAUCUUGUACUUAAGUUUAAAAGAAAUGUAAUAUACUUUUGACCUGUGAAACACUAUGUAAAUAAUACAAGCUUAUUUCAUGUACAUUUGUGUUUGUGUUGUAGUAAUUUAAAAUUCAAAACCUACAACUUUCAGACUCUAGGCAGUUUCACAAUCCACAGCUUCGUUCCUCAGUCACUUAGUUUCAAUAUCGAUGCUGUGUUCCAUAAUGGAUCUUUUUGAGAAUUUGGGUUUACUGUUUCUGUUUUCUUAUCUCUGUACAAGUUGGUUUUGAUUUCUACAUUAUGAGCCAAUGUUGAUUUAAUAUUUCAUAUAAUACUGUUUUCUAAACAUAUUAAUUGUUCUCUAUAGCUUUGAUUUUGUUUCUUUAUGAUUAAAUACAAGGAAGACUUAUCAAAUUACCACUGAUACAAUAGUACACAUGUUUCCUAUCCUAUUUUUGUGUAUGUAUGUGGAUUAAAGGCACUUCAUAGCUGAAACAAAAUCUCUUCAGAAAAUGUUAACUUUCUAUAAUUAAUGAAUAUUCAUAUGGCUUUAGUCAAAAAGUAAAACUUUUUGA